UCUCCUCCAGAACUACUUUAAAAGUCCCUCCGCUCGUGACCCGGCCAAGUUGGAGUUCCGAUUGAUCCGGACAAGCAGGAGUUCUGACUGAUCCAGGUUGAGUUUGCAGAAUUCCGCCCAUAUCUCUUUGCUACUCCGCCGGGUGGAUAGUACUUGGGGAUCAACAUCGACCCAAGACCGAACAUUUUCCUGGGUGCCGUUUACUCUGAAGAUGUCUUCCAGUGAAAUUGAGAGCGGAGCCAAUGACCCAGCUGCUGGGGAGCCAGUGCAGCAGAGUGUAGUCAACAGGGUGGUCAGUAUGCCACUCGUCAGUUCCACCUGUGACAUGGUGUCUGCAGCUUAUGAGUCCACUAAGGAAAACUACCCUUACGUCAAGUCUGUGUGUGACCUCGCUGAACAAGGGGCAAAGACUCUCGCCGCUGCCGCCGUCAGUGGGGCCCAGCCACUCCUAUCUAAACUGGAGCCACAGAUUGCAUCAGCCAGUGAGUAUGCUCAUAAAGGACUGGACAAACUGGAAGAGAAACUGCCAAUUCUUCAGCAGCCAAGUGAGAAGGUUAUAGCUGAUACUAAGGAACUCGUAUCUUUGAAAGUGACCGGUGCCAAGGAUGCAGUCUCCAGUACAGUUUUGGGUGCCAAAGAUGCUAUGGCCAGCAGAGUGACUGAGGCUGUGGAUAUGACCCGAGGAGCUGUCCAGAGUGGGGUAGACAUGACCAAAUCAAUGAUGACCAACAGUGUCAACACAGUUAUGGGCUCCAAAGUAGGACAAAUGGUCCUCAGUGGUGUGGAUACUGUGUUAGGAAAAUCUGAAGAAUGGGUUGACAACUAUCUGCCUAUGACAGAUGAAGAGCUAGCUAAGAUUGCUACCUCCCUAGAAGGAUUUGACAUGGCCUCCGUCCAGCAGCAGAGGGAGCAACAGGGUUACUUUGUUCGCCUGGGCUCCCUGUCCUCCAAGCUCCACCAACGGGCCUACCAGCAUUCCUUGGGUAAACUGAAGCAGACCAAGCAGAAUACCCAAGAGGCUCUUCUUCAGCUCUCUCAGGCCAUCAGCUUGAUUGAAAAUGUAAAGCAGGGUGGUGUUCAGAAAUUGCUUGAUGGCCAAGAUAAGCUCCACCAAAUGUGGCUAAACUGGAACCAGAAGGAACUUACAGAUUCUAGUGAUGCUGCUGCUAAACCUGAGCAGGUUGAGUCUCGUACCCUCACCAUGUUCCGGGAUGUCACCCAGCAGCUUCAGGGUAACUGCUUACAGCUUGUAUCCAGUAUCCAAGGCCUUCCUAGUAACAUCCAGGACAAGGUACAGCAGGCUCACACCCAGAUUGAAGAGCUUCGGGCCACCUUUUCAGGAGUCCAGUCCUUCCAGGACCUCUCCAGUAGCGUCCUGACCCAGAGCAGAGAGCGGCUCAACAAGGCCCGAGAGUCCCUGGAUGAGAUGAUUGAAUAUGUCACUCACAACACACCCCUCACGUGGCUUGUGGGACCCUUUUUUCCAUCUGGCCAGACCUCUGGUGAGUCAGAGAAAACUCCAGAGAAGAUGGAAACCAACUAGAGACCCCAGCCAUGGCGAAGACAGGAGCUGAUAGGAUUAUCAGAAAGCUCACUUAUAUUUAAAACCUAACUCUUAGCAAGUGCGGUUAUAAUACUUCCUGAUCAUUUUCUCAGCUUAAAGAAACCAGCUGGCCAGAGCUGCCUACAUUCUACCCCAGUCUUAGUAUUAGUUAAUAGGUGAUAGGGGAAAUGGACCUUCCCCUCACAUCCCUAGGGUCGGGAUUUAAACAGAAAGUAGGAGCAUAGCUUCCCUAGACCUCAUCCCUGAGUAACCAGAAUGUGUCUGAACUCAAACCAAUAAUCCAUUCUUGUCUUUCCAUGAACCCUUCCCUACUCCUUGUAGAAAUUUACUUUGCUAAUUAAGCCAGGUGGUGUAGAGGCAUAGACUAGUAGUAACCCUUCCAUAGUAGUAGGAAGUAAACUCCCUGGUUUUUGGUGGGGAGGAAAUGCAAGACAUAACAUUUUUCUUUCUCCUCCAAGCAGUGUUGUAGAUAAAUUGUUUUUUGUACUAAGCUCAAUUGCCUCAAAUAAAUCUUACCUGCAUUUAA